CGAAACAGAUGUCGCCGAGUCUUCGUCGGUAGAUUUUCUGCUCGAUGACAUUUGGCGAAGAAACUCGACCAAUUAAGAGAUGGGAUUUCUCUCACGUUAUCCAAGAUCAGAAACAUCGAACUCUAUAUUGAAGUUCUUGUCAAUUGUUCUUUGCCGUGUGAAGUGAAAAAAAAAAAGGGAUUAUAUAAAGAAUGACUUUCUACCUUGACCAUCCUGUUGUUUUUCUCCAUCACGAAAAGUUAAAUGCUUAGACCUGCAUCUUAUUCGUCUAAGAAAAUUUGUUUUAGGAGAACACAGGACUACAUAAUUAUUAACAAGAGAAAAAAACUCUGAUAAUUCAAUCGAUUAUUUUGACUGGAAAAUUUUCGAAAGUUAUACAAAGAUGCUGCUUAUCGUCCUGAGCUUUGUGUUUCAACUACUUUUCCCUUCUGUGCAACCUUUUUCCACUUACAAAGAUACCCACCAUGCUGCUACCAGCAAGCACAACAAAUCAUUCUUCUAUCCAAAAUAUAGGCCCGAGAUAUUCCCUGAUAAUAGAUUGCUUCCGGAAGAUUCAGAAGUGGACGUUUUUCUUCACAAAAAUCAAAUUCAAAAAUUGUUUUUUCUACUGGAAGGAGGCUAUCGUCCCAUAUCCGUGACUGUCACUCCCUGCUCUUCCGAAACAACAUUAGAAUGGAAAAUCUCACAUAAUAGCUUUCAGACUGCAGCACUGGGGUCCACAUACAAUUCAGCUUUGUGGGCAAAUCAUGUUUUGAGACCUCCUUCAACUUCACCUGCAGCAACAUAUGUGGGAAAAGACCGAAGAUCAUAUACCAAUCCACGAGCACCCCCUGGUUUGUAUGCUCUGGAAAUGAGAGCGGAUGGCGAGACUAGAGCAAGAAUUUUGGUUACCACUCGUCCUCCCAGUCAGAUGUCAUACCACCCACCUGUUCCACCUGAAUCUAAUGUUCAUAUCAUCAAAAUCAAACGCAACAGAGUCUUGGUUUCUUGGAAAGCGAGCCAAUCCGGCAGACCUGUUGAAUAUUGUGUAACAGCUAAUACUAGAGGAAACUACAAUUCUUUGUGCUCUGCUGAAAGCGAUCUCUAUGGCAGUACACCAUUUCAACCACCUAUGAGUCCUGGCUACCAUAGAUCUCACGCACUGAUUUCUUCAAACCCUCAUCCUCUGUACCCAAAACACGGGGCGAAACUCACUUGUGUCGGACGAAAGACAUGGCACCAAUUCAAAGGACUUCAAAGAGGCAAGACGUACUACCUAGACGUAUUUGUAAUAGACAAGGAGACAAAUGCAUCUUCCGCUUAUAUUGGCGUAAGUGCUGCAGUGAAGAAUGUGAUUUCACCAACCUCCAGGUUGAAAGAUAAUUCUCUGGUCACUUUCAAUUUGGAUGAAACGAAUGGAUAUGCUGUGAAUACAAAGUACAGUCCUGGACGGACUCCUGGUCCAAUACUAUUAUUUAUACAGUCUUGUACUGGACCUGGGCCGGUAAUUCUAGAUAUUUCAAGGAACACAGUGCCGAAAGAAGAAAUUUUAUCCACAAAUGUCAUGGAUGUGAAAACUUUGGAAAUCCCCCGACUGAUGGCAGCACCACUGAAUUCGACAUCAAAUCUCUAUUUGUUUUCCAUUCGCUCAAGUGUUAAACAUCCUCGUAAGGUGCGUGUAUGGAUUAGUGGCAAAAAGCAUGCAUUUCCUUUCCCAGUCCUUCCUGAAGACAAAAGCGUUAGCGUUUUCGACACAUUGACAACAUGCGAUUCGAUUACGAUUGGGUGGAAAACUUCAUCGGAUGAGAGAGUCAAAUAUUGCAUUUAUAAGCAGUCACCUCACAAUGAACUCAUGCGACGGACGCUUGCAGAACCUCAAAACUUCUGUGAACCGCCGAUAGAUGGCAGCACCAGGCGUCACACCGUGCUUUGUCGGAGGUAUCAUAGAUUCAGCAAGCGUCGGUUUAAUAACGUUAUUAUGCAACGAGUUAGAGGUUUGCACCCAGGCACGACGUAUUUAUUUGAAGUUCAGGUGACAAAAGUUAAAGGCAAAAUGUUACCGUAUGAACAAGUUUGGGCGAAUACUCUUGAUACAUGUUCUCGUUCAAGAAAUAAACGAUGACAGCAUUUAAAAAAAGGUCCUGGGACUCAAUGACACUAUAGACUUAAUAUAAGCCUACUGUAAUGGUGGACUUAUAUAAGGGUUCCUUGAAAUGCAUUUGGAAUAAAUUCGGACAAUUCGAAUUUUCCGUUAUGCCGCAGAUUUUACAUAUCGUGACUAUUUUAAACUUAGAAAGAAUUUAUUUGUAUAUAAAAAGCUUCGUUAUAUUUCUAAUACGACGGUUACUUCCAAAGCUUCUGGGAAUUGCGCUUUAAACUGUUAAUUUUGUUGAUUUUCAUGUGCAUUACAAUGUAGUUUUUAACGUAAUCAUUCAUUUCUAUCCAGUUUUCCCAAGGUAAAAGUCUUUUAAAAAAUUUUCUAGCAGUUCUUGGUAUCCAAAAAAUGUACAAAAAUUAACUCAUUCCAUUUUGUACGAAAAACAAAAUUCCUAAUCUUUUAUCCGAAUUGGCUUAAUUUCGAUAAGAUGGGAUAAAAUGAGUUUGCCGUUAAAUUCUAAAAACUGUUGCCUUUUAAUAUCCACUACUUCAGGGACUCUCAAGUUUUUGUAUUUUGUAUUACAUAAAUAAAAUGCAAAAUAUAUGUACCAUCAAGUACCAAUACGUAUAUCAAACGAGGAGUCGUUUUACAUACAUUUUGAACAUUAUUUAAAUCAAAAUCGCAAUAACAACCUUGUAUUAGCGUACCUUGCGUAACCUAAAUUAGCGUACAUGCAUUAAAACACUCAAUCGAUUUCGAGGGCAGCUAAAUGUCCCUCCUCAUCAGGAGAACGAAAUUACUAAAAAGCGGAAAAAGAAGAAAAAUAAAGCAUUGGCAAAGGAGUCUCAGAAACACGUGGUCGUUAUCAGCACUGCACGUUGUCGUAACCGGAUUCGGAAUCAGAGUUACAUUGGCCGCCUACUUUUACUGAACCAGGCUAUCUGAUCAAACAUGUAACACAUAGACUAAAAA